AAAAGGCCUCUCAAUCUCGAACAAUGCUCCUCCAAAGCAACAUCCUUUCCAAACCCAUUCACCGUUCCACCAAACCUCUUACUUGAUCCAAUCCAAUUUCCCAAUCAUUGAUAUCCCAUCUAUCCAUCAUGUCCCCAACCCCCCGAAUCUCCCCAUCCCGCUACCUCACCCCCUCCUUCGUAAACCAAUAUCACAUCGCCGAGAAACUCACCGGCGUCUUCGUUCCCCCGCUCGUCGAACACUCCGGUAUCCUUACCCCCUCCCCCACUCCCCUCGUCAUCUUCGAUAACGCCUGCGGCUUGGGCAUCGUAUCCAGCUACUUGAACCGGACCUUAGGUGACGAUGUCAAGAAAAACUGGAGUCUAACCUGCGGAGACGCGACGGAGAUGAUGGUUCACUAUACCAAGACGAGGAUUGAGAAGGAGGGGUGGGUUGGGGCGGAGGCUAGGGUUGUGGAUGCGCAGGAUACGGGGUUGGAGGGGGGAAAGUAUACGCAUGUUUUUACGGCUUUUGCAUUCAUGAUGAUUCCCAAUGCGAGGGCUGCGAUGAAAGAAUGUUUCCGCAUCCUCCAGCCAGGAGGUAUCCUCGCAACGUCGACAUGGAAGAUCUCAACAUGGUUCGUCCUCAUCAAAGAAGCAAUUGAUGGCAUGCCCAGCGAUCUCAAAUUCCCCACCAUGAAGGAGUUCCUGGCGUUGCAUAACGAAGGCUGGGAUGAAGAAUCGUUUGUGAAGGAACGGUUUGAAGAGGAGGGAUUCCAAGAUGUCAAGGUGACUGCUGUGACGAGGGAGACUUCGUUGACGAUUGACGAGUUCAUGGACGUUAGUCAGAUGAUCCUGACUAUUGUGAUCGGUGCGGUUUGGACGCCCGAGCAGCGGGAACAGCAUGAGGCGGAUGUUCCGGGGGUGGUGAGGAAGUUUCUGGAGGAGAGGUUCGGGGUGGAUGGGGUGGUUAACAUGGAGCCGGUGGCGGUGAUUGCGGUGGGGAGGAAGCCUUAGAGGAUUCUAAUGUCGUUGAUGGGGCUUUUGGGUUGAUACGUCAGUACGAGCUACGUGAUAUCGAGAUCAGUCAUAGAGUCGUUUGAUUCGAGAAAUGUCCCUGUCUUGGACCAACCACU